AUGGACACUCUCUUAAACGUCUAUGAGAUUUAUCACUUUGAAAAACGUCAGAAGAUUUUUGAUAACUAUGUGAAUACAUUCAUGAAACUUAAACAAGAAAGUAGUGGUAUACCUAAAAAUUGUUUAGAUGAGAACGGUGUAGUGAUAAAACAAAAAUUACAAGAGUAUAUUCUUGAUUAUCUUGAACAUGAACAAGUGGAGUUAGAGGCUGAGAAAAUCAGUUACAAUCCGGGGCAGCGAACAGUCAUGAAGGCACUUUUAAACUCGUUGUGGGGUAAAUUAGCACAAAAUGAAGACACAACAGUUGUUUCGUUUAUAGACUCUAUGGACGAUUUACUAGAGUUAGUGAAUGAUCGCACGGUAGACGUUACAUCUUUAGAUUUUAUUAGCGAUAAUAUUGCUCAAACCACCCGUAGCAAGGGUUGUAGUUUAACUCCUUUACCCAACUGUAAUGUAAUUGUUGCUUCAUUUGUAACAGCGUACGCAGGUUUAGAGCUAUUUAAAUAUUUACAUAAAUUAGGUCAGAAUGUUUUAUACUACGAUACAGAUUCGGUAAUUUUUAUUGAGGAUGUUGAAAAUGGUAAAUGUAUUCAAACGGGUGGUUACCUAGGUGAAAUGACUGAUGAGUUGUAUGAGAAAGAUACGAGUGAGAAAUGGAUAGAGCAGUUUUGCACGGCAGGUCCGAAAUCGUAUUCGUAUCAUACAAACGAAUAUACAUGCUAUCUAAAAGACGGUACAGCACAAAAGCAAAGAGAUGAGAUAGUUCACGUAAAGGGUUUUACACUAAAAGGUCCAGCUAAAGACAUGAUCACAUUCGAUAGCAUUAAUGCAUGUAUAAAGGAUAAAAAGAAGGAAAUCGAAGUAACAUAUCGAGAGUUUGUGCGCGAGACUAGUCAAAGUAUAGCGGUUAAGGAAAAAUUGAAAAAAUUUAGAUUCACCUUUGAUAAACGUGUUAUACACAAUGAUUUUACAACUACACCGUUUGGGUAUUUGAAAUAA